GUAACCUUCAGUCUACAGACAACAGAAUAGAGUCAAUGAGGGUUUCUGACGCCCCUCUGUCCACACUAUGAAAACACUAACGGGAUGAGGAAACAUCUCCUUUAUAAAGAGGACUUUGAUUCCUGUGGUUAAAAUGCUCAGUGCUUUUUUUAAACCACAGUAUUUUAGGAUUGAAGCUGCAGUGAUGAUGCAGAAGUUUACAUCUGUUUAUUUACAGAACAUGCAGGUAAAUAAUGGACAGCAAAGACUGCUGGGACACAUCAAAUUACAAACAAUCAGUCAUAAAGUAAAAGAUGGGAAUGACACGAUCUACUGAGAAUAAGAAUGAUGAAAUAUGAGUUAUGUAAUUGGAGGAGGAGCUUCAGCUUUAAGGAAACAGAGAAGUUCCUGUUUUAGCAGUAAAAGAAGAAAAGCUCCAUCAUUCUCCAUCAGGCAGCAUGAGAGUCUGUCAGAGUCUGAUCUGUUGUCUCUUCCUGACUCUGCAGGACAGAGACUCUCUUGUUGAUGCAGAAACCAACAUCUAUACAAAACGUGAAGGAGAAGACAUCACUGUUAGAUGUAAUCUUACAUUUUCAGGGAGCAGAAAGCUGCUCUGUAAGGAAACAUGUGAAGAAGGAAACAUUCUCAUAGAAACAUAUAGAGAUGAAGCUCAGAGAGGAAGAUACAGCAUUAAAUAUGAAUAUCGAUAUAUUCGAUCAAGUAUUUUAGAUGUGACGAUCACUAAACUCAUUAAGUCAGACUCAGGUUUGUACAGAUGUGAAUUACAAAAAGAUUUGAGUCCAGAUUCAGAAGACAACUUCAAAAUAAUCAUUACAGAAGCUUCAGUAACUUCAGCUCCAACCAGGACUGUAGAACUUUCUCCAACAAAACCAAUCUCGUUUGGUAUGACAACAACAACAACAACAACAACAACAAAGGGUUUAAACUCUACAUCAUCCUCACAUCAAACCAUAAAUCAAGACACAAAAUCAGGUCUGCUGCUGUAUGUGAGUCUGACUCUGGUGGGCUUGAUCUCCAUGUUUUCUGUGGCGUUGCUGAUUUUCUGCAGGAGCCACAGAUUCAAGCAGAAAAAAGAACCUCCUUCAGAAACAUAUGCUAACGUCCCUCUGGACAGCCAUGAAUACGAGGAGAUCAGGGAAAACACGUCGCCUGCUUUGGAAAUAUCUACUGUGUACUCAUACGUAAACUCUAAGAACCGACAGAGAUCUGACAGCACAAAUGUGUACAGCCUCGUCGACUGUCCUCAGGACAAUGUGAGUGAAAAUUGGUUUGGAAACAACAUAAAACCCUGUGCUCUCUCUAGUUCAGUGUUUUUCAACCAUUGUGCCACGACACAGUAGUGUUUCAUGAGGGAUGGUCAGGUGUGCCGCAGGAAAUUAUUGAUUUUCACUGAUAUAAACAUUUAUCAUCACCAGAAUAUCAGUUCUGUGUUCCUCAAAACAGGUUAAGGUUUCACACUGAAUAGUUUGCUGACAGCUUUGUGGAACUCUUCAAAAUAAAAGCAUCGGAUCUCUCAGCAUGAAAAACCUGAGACGCUAGCUCCUCCCACUUGCGGCGGGAGCUUCAAGUUUCUAAACACACUUUUGGACAUUCGGCGAGCAGCGACUUUGACGUGCGUUAAACAAAGGUGGAGAAUGCACAUUUGAUGCGUGAAUCAAAAUUAAUUGAUGCGCAUGGAGGGAGGAAAGAGUAGUAGUAGUUUCCCGCUGGAUCCGGUGUCAGACCGUGUAAAAAGUGAAGCUUAGUGACGUGAGUCUGUUCUGCAUCAGCACCACCGCAUUUCACUCCAACUCCCAUGAUGCAUUGGGCAUAAUGCAUUAAUGUAUUGGGUUAAUGUUACAGCAUCUCUUACUGCGCUGCUAACUGUCAUGGAGCACAACAGUCUGCAAAACUUCUUUAUAAAAAGCAGACAUAAACAGUUUAGUUCUCCUUUAAGGUUUGUGUUGGAAAACAAAGGAAUUAAAGUCAGAGAUUCCAGAAAAGGAAACAGCUGCUUUUUUUCCUUUUUGUUUUUUAACUUGUCCUGUCCAACAGCUGGGCAGGCAGAUGAGAGCUGAGGGCCUCUUGUG